CUGCGGUGUGAGAACUAGUCACUGCGCUCCACUGCGCUCCUCAAAUAAAGUGCAACAAACUCCAAGCGGACAACAACGAACAUCCGACGAAAGGUAUCUUGGUGCAUGCCAAGAUAAACAUAUUCUUGUUGUUAUUAUUGUUAUUUUGCGCGACUUAUUUCAAUUAGAAUUGCAUGGAGAAAAGACAAACGCAGGUGCAGUGAAUUCUCUGCGGAAACAGACGGUCAGCUACAGGAUUACCGGGGGCCAGUGUGUGUGGCAGGUCUGCUCAUCUGAACCUUCUGCCUCUGUACUUUUGGUUCUCACUUCACUCACUCACACACACUUACACACACACACACACACACACACACACACACACACACACACACAAUCACGCACUCACACACACACGCGCGUGUGCGUGUGCGUGUGCGCACAGUUUAUCGGGAUUGUAAAGUGAUUCCGUUUGGAUUUGACGCGAAUGAGUUUGGAGGAGAGCCGAUAACUCUGUCAGCGUAAAACUUUUCUAGCUUUUCAAUCGAGUCUUAUCGAAUAAACGAGCUUAUGAGUGCGGCAUUCGGUUCGUCCUUCGCGGUGAUGCAGCGUCCGGUGGGAAACACCACUGCCUUCAGCAUCGACUCGCUCAUCGGCGGCUCCCAGCAGCCCAGUCCGGGACACUUCGUGUACACUGGCUACCCCAUGUUCAUGCCUUACCGCUCUGUGGUGCUUCCUCCUCCUCCACCUCCUCCACCACCUCCCGGUCUGACUCAGGCGCCUCCUCAUCACCAGCUCGCCGCUUUACCGGCUGCUAUACCGGGCGCUUUCUGCUCCAGUUUGGCGCAGGGCAUGGCGCUCACCUCCACGCUCAUGGCCAGUCUGCCCCAACACGCGGAAGCGGCCCGGAAGUUCGGCACGCAGGCGCUGCACGCGGCCUUUGACAAAUCCCACGAGAUCCGACUGGACGCAGAAGACGGCAAAAGUUUCUUGACCAAAGAGACCGCUGCACUUCUGCCCUUCCACGAUGAGCCUCUGCAGUCCGCUACAGUACGAGGUCACGGCAAAGACGAUCCCAAGGAGGAUGACUGUACAAGGAAGGACGAGAGCUUCUCCAUGGAUAGCGACCUCGACUACAGCUCGGAUGACAACAUGGCCUCUGCGUCCAACUCUCUGUGUGCCAAAGAUGACGGCGAGGUGAGCGCGGGCCUGGAGGAGAGCACGCGCUCCGGGAGCGGCGCCUCAGGGGGGAAAAACCGGAGGCGGCGGACGGCGUUCACCAGCGAGCAGCUGCUGGAGCUGGAGAAAGAGUUCCACUGCAAGAAGUACCUGUCGCUGACAGAACGCUCGCAGAUCGCGCACGCCCUGAAACUCAGCGAAGUGCAGGUGAAAAUCUGGUUUCAGAACCGCAGGGCGAAGUGGAAACGCGUAAAGGCGGGGAACGUGAACACGAAAGCGGGUGAGCCGUCCCGAAACCCUAAAAUAGUGGUGCCCAUUCCUGUGCAUGUGAGCCGCUUCGCCAUCCGGAGCCAGCAUCAGCAGCUGGAGCAAGCCAGGCCCUGACAUGUGCUGGGAUUUGGACAGAAAACAAAUGUAACUAACGCGAGUGACUCGUUUACAUACGCCACAUGUGAAAUAUGAAUAUAGUACAUUUACACGGGACAUCUGCGUAUAUCCUUGAGGACGAAGCAGUGACGGUUUGUUUGAAACUGCAGACUUUUGUACUAAAUAAUGCGGCAAAAUAGCACGUCUCCAGAAGUAUUACUAUAGGUAGUGUGCUAUUUUGAUCAACAGUGUAAUGCGGUUUGGGAAGCAGCCCAAGUUCUGGUAACUGGGCUUCUGACAGGAGCACAGAGAGAGAGAGGGAGAGAGAGAGAGGGGGAGAGAGAGAGAGAGAGAGAGAGAGAGAGAGAGAGAGAGAGAGAGAGAGAGAGAGAGAGAGAGAUGCUGUGGACCAAAUGAUGGAUAAACUAAUUCCCUGUAGAUUUCAAAGAACGUAAUAAUGUGAAGUUUCUUUUCUGUUUUUCUGUAGUGUUCACUGUGUGUGUGUGUGUGUGUGUGUGUGUGUGUGUGUGUGUGUGUGUGUGUGUGUGUGUGUGUGUGUGUGUGUGUGUGUGUGUGUGUGUGUGUUUAGCUUUUCAUUUUUUCCCGAAAAUAAGAUGAUGAGGUGAUCUACUUAAUAGAGCACUUUUCCUGCUCUAAUGCUGAAGCACUGAACAAAAAAAAAAAAAAAACAGUCAUGCCUUCGAGAUUAUGGUCUGUUCUGUUAAUACAUGAUGUAUUUGUUUUUUUUUUAAUUUGAUUAACACACUCAUAAAUUCUCUUAAUUUCCGUUUUUUUAGUUCAUGGGGGAUGCUGCUAAUUUAUUUGAUAUUGUGCAAAAGAGUUGAUAACAUGCGAAGAGUUU